GAUUGGGUAACACAAAGAGGGGGAGGAGGGGGGAUUAGAUCACAGGCUGCAGCUGCGGUAACGAACGAAGCAGUUGCGGUAAAGAACAAUCAUAGAAAGACACACACACGGAGACAGACACACACACACGGAGACACACACGGAGACAGACACACACACACGGAGACACACACGGAGACAGACACACACACACGGAGACACACACGGAGACAGACACACACACACGGAGACACACACGGAGACAGACACACACACACGGAGACACACACGGAGACAGACACACACACACGGAGACACACACGGAGACAGACACACACACACGGAGACAGACACACACACACGGAGACACACACGGAGACAGACACACACACACGGAGACACACACGGACACACGCUUUGAUUCAGCAGAGAAAAAAAAGUUCAUAAUCGUCAGUUCGUUGUUCGAGCGUGUCGAGGCAGCUGUAAUCAUCAUGGCAUUAGGAGGAUGUGGACAGAUCUGCAAAUGGAUCAUCAUCCUGUUCAACAUACUCUUCAUCUUGGUGGGUUUAGUUUUAUUAGGAGGAGGACUGUAUCUGCGCUUCAGUGCUGAUGUUCCUGUGGAUAUUAAAAGCAACGAUUUCAUCAUCAUGGUCGGACUGUGCAUAGCCAUUGGUGCUGUGAUUCUUAUAACUUCUGUGAUUGGAGAUUACGGCUCCUGUAGUGAAAAUAAAUCUGCGCUCAGUGUGUACUGCUGUCUGCUGUUUCUGCUCGCCGCAGCGACUGCCAUCGGAGGGGGCGUCGCCUUUGUGAAUAACAGCAAGUUCUCAGGCCAUGUUGCAGAGUUUUACGUCACCGUCUAUGCACAGCACGUCCUUACGGGAGACGUGAUCCGAGCCUUCAUCCUCAAACUGUUCCACACUGCUUUUGAUUGCUGUGGUCUGGGAGGAAUAAUGCAGACUGUGAUGGGUUCCACCAACAUCUGCCCACAGCAGACCUCCAUUUUGGGAAUUCCUGCCUCCCGUAGUUGCUUGCCUUUGAUUAUGAGCGAGCUGCCGGCCUCUUCAGUGCUGAUAUUUUUUAUGGUAAUCGCUGGUAUUCUGUUCCUGGUGUUGGUCUGCAGUGUUAUGCUGUGCUUCAGCAUAAAGAACCGUGUGUACUCUUCACCACCCUUCUACUACUGACCUACAAAAACUCAACGAUGCAAAACACCAUCCUUGUGUCCUCCACAUAAUAUUAUCAUUUCCUCCACCCAAAGUGAAAUCCUUCCCGCAUCCACCCAGUCUUUUCCUACAUCCCCCCACUUCACCUCCAGGCCUUCUCCUGCUUCCAUCCAAACUUCUCCUUCUCCUUCUACCCACCCAGUGUCAUCCAACCUUCUUCACAUCCUCUGCCCUCCACCUAAUCUUCUCACAUCCUCCUCUUCUCCACCCAACAUUCUUUCCUCUUCUCCCCCCCCCCCCUGCACUCACACCUUCACUUCUUCUCUUCCAUCUAUUAUACCAUUUUUCUAGAUUUGUUUUCUCAAGUGGAGUCUUCAAGCAGACAUUGAGGAACCACUAAAGAGGACUGUUGUGCCAAACACACAUACACACACACAUACACACACACACACACACACACUGAGUUGUUUGCAUUGAGUUAUAUACCUUUGAAUGAUGCACAGGUAAAUCCUGGAUCUAUAUCAGUUAUUCAAAUGUUAUUCCAAACUUUUUUAGCGCUUUUCUCCUGAGGACCAGACAAAAUUCUACUCUGAGCCAAAAUCUGUCUUGCAUUCCUAUGACUGUGGGGACAUUUAUUCCUCAUAAAGAUCUAAAAUCUUUGCAUAUACAUGAAAUAAAUGUUUAUAUACAUUCCCAGUCAUACCAUACACACACACACACACUAUAUAGCAUUUCCAUUUCAUCAAUUUUCUUUGCCUUUUGUUACUAUUGCACUGCUGAACAUGUUUAUUAUUUAGACUCAUGGCGUAUUAAUUUGUCUGAAGAUAAUUAUUAAUGUUACAUUUUCCUUCUUAAAAAAUGUAUAAAAGUGUUUUCCUACAUUAAUAAACAUUGGUGUGAACUUUU